AUGUGUCUAGCCACAAUGUUAAUAGCACUCAAGGCCAAUCUUGAGCCAACGGUCCUUGUGAACCUUGGCAUGGGUUUAUUGGUCUUGAUAUUAGCUUUCGUCGGAGCAUGCUGCCGUCAAGUAUACACAAAGCAUGUAGCCAAGGAACCAUUACUUCUCACUGUUGAACCCAAGAGCGCCAAAUUUAUAAAAACGGAAUUAGAGACAGAAAAGCGCUUCAAUGAAUCGCAAAAGUCUCCGGGAUAUCUGGCAAUACAGAGGACAAAGAACCAUCAUAUUCUUGGAUUGAAUGUUAGAUGA